AUGUCAGUGUUGAGCAAAGAAUCCGGUGGUGACCAUAAUGUUGGUUGUAUUGCUAAAGAUGUUCAAAAUUAUUUGGGGAAUAGAAGAAGUCUUAUGUUUGGAGAGGGAGAUGCACAAAAAAUGUACAAUUAUUUUCUUGAGAAACAAAGCAAAAAUCCGGGUUUUGUUUAUGCAAUCCAAGUGGAUGAAAAUGGAAGAAUGGGCAAUUGUUUUUGGGCAGAUGCUAGAUCACGAGUUGCAUACCAAUAUUUUGGAGAUGUUGUUACUUUUGAUGCUACCUAUUUGACAAAUUGUUAUAAGAUGCCUUUUGUUCCUUUUACUGGAGUUAACCACCAUCACCAAUCAAUGAUGUUUGGAUGUGCUUUGCUCAUAAAUGAAACCGUUGAAUCAUAUACAUGGUUGUUGAAAACAUGGCUUGAAGCAAUGCUUGGACGUGCUCCUUCUACAAUUAUCACAGAUGAUGACAAGGCUAUGGGUAAGGCAAUUGCAGAGGUACUACCAAAUACUACUCAUAGAUUGUGCUUGUGGCAUAUUUUACAAAAAGUUCCAGAACAUUUGGCUCAUAUAUAUAAUAAAUAUCCAUCUUUCCAAGGAGAUUUUCGACAUUUUAUUCAUAAUACAAUCACGAUUGAAGAGUUUGAGGCUGAAUGGAAUGAAAUUGUAAGCAAGUAUCAAUUGGGAGAGAAUGAUUGGUUGAAAAAUAUUUAUAGGCGACGUGAAAAGUGGAUACCGGCUUACUUGCGAACCACAUUUUGUGCUGGCAUGUCUACUACUCAAAGAAGUGAGAGCAUGAAUAAGUUUUUUAAAGAUUAUGUUCGUUCAAGCACAAUGGUGUGUGACUUUGUAUAUCAAUAUGAAAAAGCCUUGGAUGCACGUUAUUUUAAAGAGAAAGAAAGAGAUGUGAAGACAUUAAAUUCUAGAUCGAUUUUAAAAACAUGUUACAAGAUGGAAGCAGAGGCUGCAAAGGUUUAUACAAGAGAGUCUUUUUUGAUGUUUCAAGAAGAGCUAUUUAACACUCAAAAUUACAAGUCAUCUAAAUAUCGGGAAGAAGGAGGGACGAAGAUAUAUAGGGUGACCCUUCAUGGGAAAGAAACUCCAUUUUAUGAAGUUGCAUUUGAAGUUCUUGAAAAGAAAGCUACUUGUACAUGCCAUAAGUUUGAAUUUGUUGGAAUUCUAUGUAGGCACAUUCUUCAAAUUUUUUUGAAGAAAUCUUUGGUGGACACUAUUCCUCAACAUUAUGUUUUAGAGAGAUGGACGAUCAAUGCCAAGAGUCGCAUUAUACAUGGCAUAUCAAGUGAUGAUAAUCAAGUAGAGAAGCCAAAUUCUUUCACUUUGAUGAGAAAUAGCUUAAUGUUGCAAUUUUAUGAAGUUAUAGAAGCGGGGUGCCAAUCAAAACGAAAAUAUGAACAUCUUGGCAUUGGUUUAGAAAAGCUUCAUCACAAGCUUUUGGCAAUGGAUGAUGAUUGUGAUGUAGGAAGCGCCGAUGGUCCCGUGUUGAACAACCAAGUACUAUCAAACCUUGGAUUCACCUUGCAAGAUCCUUUAAAUGUUCGUUGUAGAGGAAAACCUAAAUCUUUGAGACAAAAAAAUCCAAAAGAAAAUCAAGAAAUCAAGAAAAGGGCAUGUUCCAUUUGCAAGAAAACCGGGCAUGUGAGAACCAAUUGUCCUUCACAAAAGCAAGCUAGGGAUGUUGUGAAAGACAAUAUGCAGUCAACUAAUUUGGAGUUGAUGGAUCAACAAAGUCUAGUAAAGUGCUCUUUGCCAACUAUGGAGUAUCCCUUUGCAACUACAUUUGCCAUGUCUCAAGAUCCUGUAUUUCCAUCUACCACAAUUGAUAUUGGUGCAGACAACAACCCCUAUGAAAUUCCUUGA